CGCUCGGCUGUGACUGUUGCCCGGGCAACAGACGGGCCUAGCUUCCCCGGCGCGGGCUACUCCGCUAGGCCAUGGGGUCGCGGGGUCUCCCGCCGCUCCUGCUGGUGCUCCUAAACUGCUGCACCUCUUCGAGCACCCAGGUCGUUGCCACCCCGGCUGCGGCCACCCCGGCAGUGACGAAGGAGGAUCUCAAUUCCACCAAGGCUACCCCCACCACUCUGCAGCCCUCCCAGUCGCCUAGGACCCCGGGAACUCCCAGGGCACCGGAGCGCUCUGGCCCCAGGCCCACCCCGGUCGCGGACGUUGCUGCUCUGUGUGUCUGCGACCUGCUUCCGGCACAGUGUGAUGUCAACUGCUGUUGCGACCCUGACUGCAGCCCUGCAGAUUUCAGCGUCUUCUCUGCCUGCUCAGUCCCAGUUGUCACGGGUGACAGGCAGUUUUGUAGUCAGAAGGCAGCCUUAUACUCAAUGAAUUUGACAGCAGACCCACCUCACCGUGACUUUAAACUCAUUGAUCAGAUCAAUCCUUCCAUCUUCUGCAUCCAUAUUUCAAACUACAAGCCUGCGCUGUCUUUUGCUAAUCCAGAAGUGCCCGAUGAAAACAAUUUUGACAGACUGAUGCGGACAUCAGGUGGCUUUACACUGAGUGCCGAAUCAGCUGUUCCUUCCACAGCCACAUCAGAUGGCCCACAGCCCACUAAAUACGAGUAUGGAGCCCCUCUGCAGACUGCAGGCGCAUCUUCAGGGUCAUUUCUGAAACUGCCCUCGCCUCUCACGUCAUCUCUGUGUGCAGAUCAGAACCCCGCAGCGUUCCUGGUGAGCCAGGCCUUCGAAUGCAGCCGAAGGGUGGACAUAGAACAGUGUGAAGGAAUGGAAGCCCUCAGCAUGGCUCAUUACAGCAGCCCUGCCAUUCUGAGGGUACCUAAUUCAACGACACAGGUCUCCAUCAAGAUCCAGUCUGUAAUGUAUCGGUCUCUGAAUCACACACUGACGCAGUUAGAAGGCCAUGGUGUCCUGCGGCCAUCUCUGGUCAGCACUGGGCAAGACAGACUCUGCAGCAACGUUGUUCUCCAGGUGAAGUACAGUCUGCUGUACACAGCCACAGGCCAGAUCCACGAAGCCGGCCUCUCCCUUGUUCUGGGGACACUGAGCAGCGCUGUGAGUCUCCUGCAGCAGAAGUUUGAGAUUCACUUUAUUCAGCAUGGCACCAAGCCCGUUCCUCUCAGCGGCAACCCUGGUUACAGGGUGGGACUCCCGCUGGCUGCUGGCUUUCAGCCUCAGAAGGGGUCUGGGAUUAUUCAGACAACGAACAGACAAGGCCAAUUUACUAUUCUUCGUAGCACGAGCCAGCAGGAUUGCCUUGCCAGCGAGGGGCUCCGCACCCCUGUGCUAUUUGGCUACAAUGUGCAGUCUGGCUGUCAGCUCAGGUUGACAGGCACCAUCCCUUGUGGGCUUCUGGCACAGAAGGUGCAGGACCUGCUGAGAGGCCAGGCCUUCCCUAACUAUGUGGCUGCCUUUGGGAACUCCCGGGCCCAGGAUGUGCACGACUGGGUGCCUGUGCACUUUGUCACCUACUCCUCCAACAUGAAGGGCUCUUGCCAGCUUCCGGUGGCUUUGGGUAUAGAAGUGAAAUGGACUAAGUAUGGGUCCCUGCUGAACCCCCAGGCCAGGAUAGUAAACGUCACUGCCCAGCUCGUCUCAGUUCCAGAGCCCCUCCCAGGGCCUGAGAGGACCGUGGUCAUUUCCACUGCAGUGACAUUUGUGGAUGUGUCAGCCCCUGCAGAGGCAGGCUUCCGAGCCCCACCCACCAUCAACGCCAGGCUGCCCUUCAGCUUCUUCUUCCCAUUUGUGUGAUGAGCUGACCCCGCAGGAGU